AUGACCCUCCAAAUCGCCAUCAUCGGCGCAGGUCUCAUCGGCCCCCGCCACGCCCAAUCUGUGAUUUCCAACCCAUCAACCACACUAUCAGGCCUCGUCGACCCAUCCCCAGCAGCCCAAGCUACCGCCACCACUCUAGGGACAACCUACCAUUCCACCAUCUCACAUCUCAUCUCAUCCCCGGCCAAACCUGACGCCGCAAUAGUUUGCACCCCAAAUCACACGCACGUCCCCAUCGCCAAAGAACUGCUCUCCGCGGGGAUCCACGUCCUCCUCGAAAAGCCAUUCUCCGACACCCUAGAAACAGGCCUCUCACUCCUCGAAUUCUCCAAGGCCCCAGAAAAUGCCCAUCUCAAACUCUUAGUCGGCCAUCACCGCCGCUUCAAUCCCUACGUCCGUGCUACCAAAUCCGUCCUUGACUCUGGCUCUCUCGGCAGCAUCAUCGCCAUCAACGGCCUGUGGACUCUCUACAAGCCAGAUUCCUAUUUCGCACCACCGGGCGAUUGGCGCGCCUCCCGCUCCCGCGGCGGAGGCGUCAUCCCAAUUAACCUAGUUCACGACAUCGACCUCAUGCACCAUUUCUUCGGUCCCAUCGUCCGCGUUUCCGCAGAGCGCACACUUCCCCAACGUCCCAGUCCUCCCCACGACGCCGACGAAGGCGCAGCUCUUACACUCCGCUUCGCCUCCGGUGUGGUCGGUAGUUUCCUCGUCUGCGACGCCACGCCAUCGCCGCAUAACUUUGAAACCGGCACGGGGGAGAACCCUAUAAUUCCCAAAUCUAAUGGAUCUGACUUCUACCGAAUUUUCGGAUCCGACGCCUCGCUGAGUGUACCGGAUUUGACUAGGUGGAGCUAUGAUGGGAAGACAGAGAAGAGCUGGGCUAAUGAGUUGACUGUGGAUAGAAUUGGAGUUCCGGAUGAUGCGGCGCCGUUUGAUUUGCAGCUGAAGCAUUUUGUGGAUGUUGUGAAUGGGGGUGCGGUGCCUAAUUGUUCUGGGGAGGAGGGUUUGAGGGCGCUUGUUGUUUGUGAAGCUGUUGUUAGGGCUAUGGAAACUGGGGUGCCGGUUGAUGUUGAUGUUGAUCUUUUGAAAAAAUAG